AAAGGGAAACGAGUUUUCACAAGACAAGAUAUGGAUAUGUCAUUCGAUUGGCGAGUUACUGCAGAUAAUCUAGCCGUUGCAAUGAUUCCGAUGGGAGAUUCUCCGGUGGAGUUCUGUUCUUGUUCCUCUGUUCCUACUGUGGAUCCUUUUCGACCUCCGGUUUCGGACCCGAAUACUAAUGGACAGAGUUUAGGACAUUAUGAUGUUAAUGUCCUGAAUGAUUUUCCUGCAAGAACUACCUCGAUGUUGUAUGGGUCGUCGGUUGCCGGGAUGAUCCCUCAGAGCACGUCGCAAUUUACAGCUGAUUUUGGAGAGGAUUUUGGUGAAGUGGUGAACCUUUUUAGUGUUCUUGAUCCGAUAGAUUCUCGGGUUUUUGGCGUGAUUCCAUCGAAACAGCAAAUGAACAUGACUGAGGGUUUGGUCGGAAAUUCUAACAAGAGGAAGAGAGGCGAUCGUGCUGAUCGAGUCGAUGUCAAGGAGAUUAAACCGAAAGGGUACAUCCACGUUAGGGCGCGACGAGGUCAGGCAACAAAUAGCCAUAGCCUCGCCGAGCGGGUGCGGCGCGAGAAAAUUAGCGAAAGAAUGAAGUUUCUCCAGGACCUUGUGCCGAGCUGCAGCAAGGUGACGGGAAAAGCACUCAUGCUCGACGAAAUCAUCAAUUAUGUGCAGUCUCUGCAGCGCCAGGUCGAGUUCUUGUCGAUGAAGUUGGCAACGGUGGAACCUUGUCUGAACUUCAAUGUCGAAGAGUUUCCAGCUAAAGAUCCAAGAGCAGCUCUGUCACGUUCGCCGGGGUUUAUUACAGCGCCAUGUCCUCCGCUUGUCCAGACAGGCCCAGUGGAAGCUCUUCAAAGACAAAUCAAUGGCUGCAGAGGAUUCAACGAAUCGACAACACAACUGCCGAGCGAAUGGGGGGACGAGCUUCGCAACAUUGCCGGCAUGACUGCUCCUCGUAGCAGCAGGGAUUCAAGUAGUACAUUAAACAUGUUCUUACCAGAAUCCAUCCAGGCAGGCUUGAGUUCUUACCAAACUCCGGCGAAUGCCGAAACCUGAUUUUCCGGCGCCGGAAACGUUCUUUUUCCCUGAGUUAUUGCAUAGCCUAACAAAGGAUUGGAAUUCACCUCCCAUCAUCAGGACAGGGCAGGAAAUAGCUAAACUAGUGUUUAUCAGAACAUAGAUAUAUUGUUUUAGAAAAGACAUGUUCUUGUCCGAUCAAUGAACCGUAAUUAUUCAGAGAAGAAAAAAGGGAUAUAUAAAUCCUUUGUUCUCCAAUA